AUGUCAAUGCGUACCCAAGCAAAUCCGCUUGCCACUUAUAACGUUUUAUUGCAAAGACGUCCUUUGCUGACCAAAAUAGCCACUGGAGCUGUGCUAAGUGCUCUAAGUGAGCUCAUCAGCCAGUUCACAACGCCUUCGGUUCAAACAUUAGGCGAAAACGACGAUGGCAGACCCAAGUCCAGUUUGCAAAAAGUGAAAUCUCUGUUGCAGAAGCCCAAAUACUGCAAGCUUCUGGUAAUGUUGUUAUAUGGGGGAUUGGUUAACGCUCCCAUCAACCAUUAUUUCUACGGCUGGAUCACGCAAUUUACGAACCGCAGCGUGGCUCCAAGGUGGAAGCGUUUGGCGCAGCUGUGCGGAUCCUGGUUUGUUGUUAGCCCAAUCCAAGUGCUGGGCCUGAUCACGGCUCUUACUUUGGUCAAUUCCCCAGAACAGCAAAUGUCGCAUAAACUUACUGCAGUGGCGGCUAGCCUGCGUGCCAGAUAUGGGCCAAUGCUUACCAGCAGUGUGAUAAGCUCCACUGCGUUCGUUUCCAUUGCCCAGCAAUACAUUAGUCCCGAGAAAUGGUCUGUGUUUUUCAGCCUAGCAUAUGCCGUUCUCAACACGGGCCAGAAUAUUUACAUGAAGAUAUCAUCAGAGCCCGAGCAACAAUCAAAGUAG